AUGUGCAAACUUGUCGACGACCCCAACAUCGUUGCUCCUUUCUUGCCCAAGAUGAUGCCUGGUCUCCAGAAGAACUUCGAUAACUUGGCCGACCCCGAGGCCCGUGAAAAGACUAAGCAGGCUCUGGAUACUCUUAUCCGCGUUGGUGACAUCAAGGAUGGCAAGAUCCCCGAGGUUCGCCACGACGGUGAUGUUGCUGUUGUCUUGAGCCACCUCCAAGCUGUCAUCCCCAGCAAGCAUGCUAAGACGGUCGAGAAAUUGACUCCUAUUCUGGAGUACAUCUCUGCCAUUGGUGGCCAGCUCGUUGAUGAGAAGGAAACCGAGCCCUCUACUUGGGCCGCUGCUGUCAAGCCUUUCGUCACAGUUGUUGUUGGCGAUGUCGAUGCUGAAAAGGUUGUCGACGGUCUUAGAAGACGCGCUUCUUCCGGUGCUGCGAAUGAGGCCGAGGAAGAGGUAGAUGACGAUGAGGGUGAAGACCUCUGCAACUGCACCUUCUCUCUUGCCUACGGUGCCAAGAUUCUUCUUAACCAGACCCACCUACGUCUCAAGCGUGGUCGCCGUUACGGUCUUUGCGGUCCCAACGGAUCCGGUAAAUCUACUCUCAUGCGUGCUAUCAACAACGAGCAAGUUGAGGGUUUCCCUAAGCAGAGCGAAGUCAAGACUGUCUUCGUCGAGCACGACCUAGAUUCUGCCGACACUGAGAUGACUACCAUUGACUGGACUAUGAAGAAGCUAGCAGAGGCAGGUGUUACCACUAGCAAGGCCGACGUUGAGAAGCGCCUUGAGGAGUUUGGCUUCACAGAGGUAAUGACUCAGGGUGAGAUCACCGCUCUGUCUGGUGGUUGGAAGAUGAAGUUGGCUUUGUGCCGUGCCGUCUUCGAAGCCCCGGAUAUCCUGUUGCUCGAUGAGCCUACUAACCAUCUCGACGUGAAGAACGUCAAAUGGCUCGAGGACUACUUAAUCAACUCUCCUUGCACUUCCAUCAUUCUGAAGAGAUAUAAGGGUAACCUAAAGGAGUUCGUCCGUAAGAACCCCCAUGCCAAGUCGUACUAUGAGCUUGGAGAAUCCGAGAUCGAGUUUACUUUCCCCGAGCCCGGUUUCUUGGAGGGUGUCAAGACCAAGGCCAAGGCCAUUCUACGUGCCACCAAGAUGAGCUUCCAAUACCCAGGUACCCCCAAGCCUCAGAUCACCGACAUCAGCUUCCAAUGCUCGCUUGGUUCCCGUAUUGCCGUUAUCGGUCCCAAUGGUGCCGGAAAGUCGACCCUCAUUAACGUCCUCACUGGUGAGCUGAUCCCGACCGCUGGUGAAAUCUACCAACACGAGAACAUCCGUAUUGCCUAUAUCAAGCAGCACGCCUUCGCUCAUAUCGAUAACCAUCUCGACAAGACCCCCUCAGAGUAUAUCCAGUGGCGAUUCCAGACUGGUGAGGAUCGUGAGACCAUGGACCGUGCCAACAAGAUUAUCACUGAAGAUGAUGAAAAGGCAAUGGACAAGAUCUUCAAGGUCGAGGGUUCGCAACGCCGAUCAUUGGUAUUCACAGCCGUAGAAAGUUCAAGAACAGCUACGAGUACGAGUGCUCUUUUGCCUCUCGGAGAGAACGUGGGCAUGAAGAACGAGCGCUGGGUUCCUAUGAUGACAGCCGACAAUGCUUGGCUUCCGCGAACCGAGCUUCUCGGCUCUCACCAGAAGAUGGUUGCUGAGGUUGACAUGAGGGAAGCGCUUGCUUCUGGUCAAUUCCGACCUCUAGUCCGAAAGGAGAUCGAGACCCACUGUGCCAACUUCGGUCUCGAUGCGGAACUUGUUUCCCACUCGCGCAUGCGCGGUCUCUCUGGCGGUCAGCGUGUCAAGGUCGUUUCUGUGCUCGUGGCAACGACCCCACUUGAUCGUGCCUUGUCUAAGGCUCUCAAGAAGUUUGAGGGUGGUGUCAUCAUCAUCACUCACAGUGCCGAGUUUACUAAGGAUUUGACUGAAGAAGUUUGGGCUGUCAUGGACGGUAAGAUGACACCUUCAGGUCACAACUGGGUCCAAGGUCAAGGCGCUGGCCCUAGGUUAAAGCAAGGCGACGACGACGAAGAGGAGAACUCCGAGGCUAGAAAGAAGAAGAAGGAGCGUAUGGCCCGCCGAAAGCGUGGCGAGGAGGUCUUCUCCGAUGAGGAUGACUAG